UAUCUCAUCAUCCCUCACUACUUAAUUAUAGCCAUAACAAUGGCUUUUUCCAAAAAAAUCCUUGUAGCAAUCCUCGCCAUAUCUUUGGUACUUUGCAUCACUACCCGCCUAAUUGAAGCUCAGGACUAUUCUCCUACAGAUCCUGACUAUACUCCAACCGAUCCUGGCGAUUCUCCUACGGAUCCUGACUACACUCCAACGGAUCCUGGCGACACUCCCACGGAUCCUGGUGACACUCCCACGGAUCCUGGUGACACUCCCACGGAUCCUGGCGACACUCCUACUGAUCCAGGCGACACUCCUACUGAUCCUGGCGACACUCCCACAGAUCCUGGCGACACUCCCACGGAUCCUGGCGAUACUCCCACGGAUCCAGGCGAUACUCCCACGGAUCCUGGCGACACUCCCACGGAUCCUGGCGACACCCCCACGGAUCCUGGCGACACCCCCACGGAUCCUGGUGACACCCCCACAGAUCCAGGCGACACCCCUACUGAUCCUGGCGACACUCCCACGGAUCCUGGCGACACUCCCACGGAUCCAGGCGACACUCCCACGGAUCCAGGAGAUACUCCCACGGAUCCUGGUGACACUCCCACGGAUCCAGGUGACACUCCCACAGAUCCUGGCGACACUCCUCCCACGGAUCCUGGCCAUACUCCAACCACGAGUCCGGGCCAUACUCCAACCACGGGUCCGGGCCAUACUCCAACUCCUAGUGUUCCAACUAAAGGAGGCCGAGUGUCAAUCUCUGAGGUGGUUACUGAUGAUUUCUUUAAUGGGAUAAUUGCUCAAGCUAGCUCAAGUUGUGCAGGUAAAAACUUCUACAGCAGGUCUGCUUUUCUGGAUGCUGUUAAUAAUUACCCUAACUUUGGUAAUCAUGGAUCAUCCGAUGUUUCUUUACGUGAAAUCGCUGCAUUCUUCGCCCACGUAACUCAUGAAACUGCACAUUUUUGCUACAUAGAAGAGAUAAGGAAAGCAAGAUAUUGUUUAGGAAGUGCAAAAUGGCCAUGCAAUCCUAACAAGCAAUACUAUGGAAGAGGACCUCUUCAACUCACUUGGAAUUACAACUACGGUCCUGCUGGCCAAACCCUUGGAUUCGACGGUAUAAAUGCACCAGAAACUGUUGCAAAUGAUCCAACACUCUCCUUCAGUGCGUCCUUAUGGUUUUGGAUGAAAAAUGUGGACCCGCUUAUUGUCUCGGGUCGUGGAUUCGGGUCUACAAUCCGAGCUAUAAAUAAUGGAGAAUGUGAUGGAAAAAAACCUGCUGCUGUUAAUGCUCGAGUUGGGUACUUUACUACUUAUUGCAAUCAUUUUGGUGUGGAUCCUGGGAGUAACCUUUCUUGCUAGACAUUACUAUAUAUGUUUACUUAUUGUAAGACCCGAUUCUAUGCAUGCUAGCUAGGCAUGUACUAUGUUACAUUUACGUAUUGAAUACUUUAUUUGUAUUAAUUAAGGGUUUAAGGGGUUUGAUGCUACCAACUCUAUCUUGUAUUUCUACUUUAUAUGCAAAAUUGAUACUUAUGAAUUCUAGAUGAUUGGAUGUUAUCACGA